UCUACAUCUCAUAGGGCCAGGACGGCCGGUGUGGGGACCCGGCCGGGACAGUGAUUGGUCGCUGGACCUGGGUGGCUGUGAUAGGGCGAGGGGACCCUGGCGGGCGAUCCAAGGAAGACUGUUGCUGACUGCAUGGGGAGGCGGCGGCGCCGGAUGGACAAAGAGGCCUCGGCCCGGGCUGGGGCCGGGGCAAGGACACUGUUGGAUGCCAUUGCUGCACUAAGUCGGUCGCUGCCAGCCGGGCCCAACCCCGAGAUCUUCCGCCGCGCCAAGUUCGACCGUCCAGAGGCUGCCCCAGCGCUCUGGCAGCUCCUCUUCCGAUUGCUCGCACCUCUCCAGGUCGACCGCGCUACAGCCUCGCUAGGCCCGGGGGCCCAAGCUCGCUGGGUGAAGGCAGUGCUGUGCUAUCUCGGCUACCCUAGGCCAGCUCUGGCACAGCUCCCAGAGGACGGCUCCCAUGGCAGCAGGGAGCUGCUGCUGACCUUUUCCUGGCUCCUGGCCCAAGGGCCCCUGCUAGAGUGGCUGCUGGCUCAGACCUGCGUGCAGCUGGGUGACCAGGUGCCCACGGUGGAGUGUGAGGUCCUGACCAGUCCUGGCCUAGCUGCAAUCCAAAUGGAUGCAGAGGGCCCUGUGGACCUCCGCAGACUGCAGUGGCUGAUGGGAAAACUUCGGUUCCAGUGGCAGCGCUUGAUCUGCAGUCAGCAGGAGCAGUGUGCCCUCUUGAGCAAGAUCCACACAUACACCCAUGGCUGCCACAGUGACCGGAACCUUGGCCACCUGUCUGUCACUGAAACAGAAAUGCUCCGGGAUCCAGAGGGCAUCCAUCAGCAGUUGCGGGCACUGGAGCAGGAGAAUGCCCGGCUGGAGGCGGCUCUAGAGUGGCGGCGCUAUGAGCCGGUCUUCUGGCAGUGGAUGGACACUGUUCUAGGUGCCUGUCCCCCAGAGGGCCCUGCUGCGCCCAUGUUCCGGUCCAGGAUCCCUGAGCAUGAGUGUGGCAAGCUGGAGCUGGCGACCCUACAGGAGGAGCUACAGACACUGCAAGAGGAGCUGCAGGCGUUGCGGGAGUUGCUGUGUGAAGAGGUGCUCAGCCGGCGCCAGGCCUGGGAGGCCCAGGUUGGUGGCCUGGGUCGUGGGCCAGAGUGGAGUGCAGCAAGACAGACCUUGCAGCAGAAUGUGGAUCAGGAGCUAUUGGCCCUGCAGCAGUCCUGGAAGCAGGACAGGAGCCCCAGUCUACCUCAGGGGCCCCACCGUCUGGUGAAGAUCAAGGCUGGGUCAGCAGGGGCCAAGGGCCUGCCAGUGGCUGAAGUAAUCAGGCUCCUGAGGAGCCAGGAGGCCAGCCUAGAGGCGGUGCUGUGUAAGCUGCAGGGACAGUGUCAGCAGGAGCUGGCCAGGCUGGUGGGAACUGUGCCAGGCCUCAUCUGGAUCCUGCCGCCUAGAUGCUGAGGUCCCAUGGACACAACUUCCCUCUCUCCGUGGAGGCAUGGGAACAUGCUUGCCUGUGCUGACCUCCUUGGAAGAGCAGGUUCUAGGGUAAUGGACACAGGGCUGGCUUGUGGAGUGUUCAGCCCUGGUCUGCAACACUGGUGCUGGCAUAGCUGUGAGGAGUCCUGGAGGAGACCCAGAAAUAAAUGGUGGAACCUUCCCUACCUGUGGGGUCCAGGCCACCUUUCCAGGGCUCUGUCUGAGUGGGAAGAGGGAGCUGAGGCCCAAGGUAGCUGAGCUAAGCUGUGUUUAUGGGAGGCCCUACAUCUGCCCUGAAUGCAGUUGUGCCCUCCCACCCUGCCUUGGCCCACUGCAAAUCCCAGUGCAGGCAGUGCACACAGCCUCCCUCCUGUGUUGGCCAUAGAUGUGUCUGUGUUGGGGUGGGGGCCGGAUGAGGCCUUGGCUCUGGUGCUUUCCCUGGGGGUAGUGCCUGGGCGUGUGGACAGAGGGGCUUUGUUCUGAAGGCUGCACGAUA